AGAAUGGGCUGUAGUGCAGCAAAAAAUCUAACAGUUGAACCUUUAAAUGGAAACAAAGUGCAUGAUAUAUCAACGGGUAUAGUUGAGUCCUUAAGAAAAACUUCUAUACCUAAAAGUAUAUCGGAUAUACCACCAUUGGAAGGAGAGGACCCCCAGACUGAAAUGUUGGAGACUGGAACUGUUAACAAUUUUCAAAAAGGAGUAAACGGUAUGUCUUUUGAAAUAGCAUUUGAUAAAGAGGAGAAAGAUGAAAGCAUAAUUAAAAAACAUCCCCCAAAAAGAUUUCAAAAAUUGGAAGGACAAAUUAGCCCUAACUCGACGUUAAAUAAAUUACAGGAAAAACUCGAAGAGGCAGAAAUAAGGCGUCAACAGAUUUUGGCACAAAGAGUUCAGUCAGCAAAAUAUAGAAAUACGUUAAAAAAACAAGCCAGUGUUUCUUCCAUGAAUAGUGAAGAUGAAGAUCUUUUGAAAGCUCCUAGUGAAGUUCCACCACCAUUAAAUCCAUACGAUGUUUCCUAUAUAUAAUUUUAAGAAAAUACUUUUUUUUAAUACCGCCUAAAAUGCACCAUGGGUUUAUUAUGAGGCAG